UUCCAUAUGACUCGCAGAAGCCACAGCAAAGCUUAGCGGAACGGCAGCCAAAUGGAUGGCCACAUGAUGAUCAACAACGAAAACUUUCUGGAUAGCAUCCCCUUUGACGAAUGCGUUAACUCCAUCGAUUGCGGAGGCGACUACAACUUGGACUCGGUGCCUGCCAGCGGCUGCUACAAUCAAUACCACUGCCCGUGCGAGAUGAACGCGCGCCAGAAUCUGGGCACAUCAUGUGCGGGCGCCAGUCGCAUACCCAGGGCCGCGGCAAGGCCGCGUCAAAGUCUAUCGCCACGCAUUAACUACGCAUUCCAGCCGGUGUUCCACGAGCGCACCAGCAAGGAGGAUGAUACGCUGCUCACCGAUACGCUGUGGAAGCUGGCGCGCAAGACGGGCACACUAAAUCUGACCAACAAGGGCAUGGCACGAGUGCCCGAACGUUUGUUUGACAUCAAUGAGGCCGAUGCGGACACCAAGAAACGCACUCUGGAGCAGUUGUCCAUUAACGAGGAGGACGCCUGGUGGAAUCAGGUGCCCCUCAACAACCUGGACUUGAGCUCGAAUGCCUUGACGCACAUUUCGCCCAAAAUCGAGAAUCUGUCGACGCUCACCGUACUCCAGCUGCAUGACAAUGCUCUGGUCGAGCUGCCGCCGCAGAUUAGCAAGCUGGAGAAGCUGGUGCGCCUGAAUCUUAGCCACAAUAAGCUAAAGGAAUUGCCGCCCGACCUCUACAGCUUGCCAGAGCUGCGGCAUCUGAACAUAUCGCAUAACGAGUUCGAGGAGCUCAAUCCGGACAUUAGCAAUCUGCACAUGCUGGAGUUUCUGGAUGCUGGGAACAAUAACAUAAACAGUUUGCCCGGUGGCAUUGGGUUUCUGGUGCGUCUAACGGCUCUGCUGCUGGCCAAUAAUCACAUCAAAGAGCUGCCGCCCGAUAUUGUCUAUAUGCGCUCUCUGCAAAAGCUGGACCUCAUGAAGAACGAUCUGGUCGCCCUGCCCGAGGACAUGGGUCUGCUGCGCAAGCUGCAAUUCCUCUAUGUCCAGCACAAUGACAUCAAGGAGCUGCCCAGCUUCGACGGCAACGAAAUGCUCAGCGAACUCCACGCCAGCAAUAACUAUAUCGAUCACGUGCCCAAGGAGCUAUGCGAGAAUUUGCCACACUUGAAGAUCUUGGAUUUGCGCGACAACAAGAUCACCCAGCUGCCCGAUGAGGUGUGCCUGUUGCGCAAUCUGAAUCGGCUGGACAUCACAAACAAUUCCAUCAGCGUGCUGCCCGUUACGCUGUCCACGCUGGCCCAUCUGAUCAGCCUCCAGGUGGACGGCAAUCCCAUCAAGACCAUACGACGCGACAUUCUGCAAUGCGGCACAGCUCGCAUCCUGAAAACUCUGCACGAUCGCGCCCAGGCCAAGGAGCGGACGGAUGGCGGUGCCGACGACCUGCCAUGCAGCAGUUCCGCUGCGGGUAGUCAGCUGUCCAUGCAAAAGCAGCAGCAGCAGCAACAGCUGCCUGCCAACAUGACCGACAACAGCUAUCAGCAGCCCAACUGCGCACAGUCGCCAUUCAUGCGCUGCCAUUGUAGAUGUCAAUGCCAGCAUUUUAUGCAGCAUCAGCAGCAGCACCUGCUGCAACAGCAGCCGGAGCAGCGGUAUGCCUUUUACUAUCAACAGUUUGCCGAGAAAUAUGAACAGGAACAACAACAGCAGCCUCAUCAGCCUCAUCACCAUCAGCAGCAGCAGCAGCUAGAUCAGCUUCAAUUUGGUCAAGCUAAUCAAUAUGCGCCACAGCCACAAAUGAUUUAUCGGAACAGCCAUGGGGGCCAUUAUAUGCCCGGUUACUCAGGCAUGCCCGUAUCGCAACUAGACGCAUUUAAUCCGUACAAUCGUUGUGUUGUGCAACCUCGUUGGGUAUACAAACUGCGACAUUCACGCACCUUAGCUGUGAAUUUGGAAGGCCUUACUGAUGUGCCCGCCCACGUCUUCGAGCUGGCCAGCGAGGAGAAGGUGCACGUGGUGGACUUUGCGCGCAAUCACCUAAGUACCCUGCCCAAAGGUUUGCAGCACAUGUCCGAUCUGGUAACGGAGCUGGUGCUUUCGCACAAUGUCAUUAACAACGUGCCACCUUUUAUAUCGCAAUUCACGCGCAUAACAUUUCUAAAUUUGUCCAACAAUUUGAUCAAGGACUUGCCGCAGGAGUUUGGGCUGCUCAACACGCUGCGUGAACUGAACAUUGCCAACAAUCGGUUUGAGGCACUGCCUAAUGCCUUGUACGAGCUGCAGGGUCUGGAGAUUCUGAUAGCCAGCGAUAAUCAAAUUAAGGCCCUUAAUGUGGCUGGAUUGCAGAAUUUGCCACGCCUAAGCACGCUCGAUUUGCGCAAUAAUAAUAUUGAACAUGUACCGCCUACAUUGGGAAAUUUGACAAAUAUUACUCACUUGGAGCUGGUGGGCAAUCCAUUCCGUCAGCCGCGCCAUCAGAUUCUCAUGAAGGGCACAGACUCUAUAAUGUCCUAUCUACGUGAUCGCAUACCCACUUGAGAUAACCACAGCAGCAACAGCAGCAGUAACAACCACAACAAGGGCAGCAACAACCACAACACA